CCCACCCCUCGCGCUCUGCGUGGCUCCGCCUCCUCCCAGCCGGCUGCUUUCCGCACUCCGCAUCUCGCAUCUGUCAGUCGCUGCUUCGUCGCCGGCGGAACAAGAUGGCGGCUCGGACUAUGCAAGCUGCGAGAUGUCCCACGGACGAACUCUCCUUAAGCAACUGUGCGGUGGUCAACGAAAAGGACUUUCAGUCUGGCUUGCAUGUAGUUGUGAAGACCUCCCCGAACCACAAAUACAUUUUUACGCUAAGAACUUACUCCUCCGUUGUCCCAGGCACCAUCGCCUUCAGUUUACCGCAGAGAAAAUGGGCUGGACUUUCCAUCGGGCAAGACAUCGAUGUUUCCGUGUAUAACUUUGAUAAGACCAAGCAGUGCGUCGGCACGAUGACUAUUGAGAUAGACUUCCUGCAGAAGAAGAGCGUCGACUCCAACCCGUAUGAUUCUGACAAAAUGGCGGCCGAGUUCAUCCAGCAGUUCAACAACCAGGCAUUCACAGUGGGGCAGCAGCUUGUGUUUAGCUUCAACGACAAGCUUUUUGGCCUCUUGGUCAAGGACAUUGAAGCCAUGGAUCCCAGUAUUCUUAAAGGAGAGCCGGCCACAGGGAAAAAACAGAAGAUCGAAGUUGGUCUUGUCGUUGGCAACAGCCAGGUUGCGUUUGAAAAGGCCGAGAGCUCUUCCCUCACUCUCAUUGGCAAAUCCAAAACCAGAGAAAAUCGCCAGUCGAUCAUCAACCCUGACUGGAACUUUGAGAAGAUGGGCAUUGGGGGUCUUGAUAAGGAGUUCUCUGACAUCUUCCGGCGGGCCUUUGCCUCCCGAGUGUUCCCACCUGAGAUUGUGGAACAGAUGGGCUGCAAGCACGUCAAAGGCAUCCUGUUGUUUGGUCCCCCUGGCUGCGGCAAGACCCUUAUGGCCAGGCAGAUUGGCAAGAUGCUGAAUGCCAGGGAGCCCAAAAUAGUGAACGGGCCGGAAAUCCUCAACAAAUACGUCGGGGAGUCGGAGGCCAACAUUCGCAAGCUCUUUGCAGAUGCAGAAGAAGAACAGAGGAGGCUUGGUGCAAACAGCGGCGUCCACAUCAUCAUCUUUGAUGAAAUCGAUGCCAUAUGCAAGCAGCGCGGGAGCAUGGCGGGCAGCACCGGCGUCCACGACACGGUUGUGAACCAGCUGCUGUCAAAAAUCGAUGGGGUCGAGCAGCUAAACAACAUCUUGGUCAUUGGAAUGACCAACAGGCCGGACCUGAUCGAUGAGGCUCUCCUGCGACCUGGGCGACUGGAGGUGAAAAUGGAGAUUGGUUUGCCGGAUGAAAAGGGCCGGAUGCAGAUUCUUAACAUCCACACCUCAAGGAUGCGGACCCACCAGCUGUUGGCCUCAGAUGUUGACAUUUCGGAGCUGGCUGUGGAAACCAAGAACUUCAGUGGUGCUGAGCUUGAGGGUCUGGUCCGUGCAGCACAAUCCACUGCUAUGAACAGACACAUUAAGGCCACCACCAAAGUGGAAGUCGACAUGGAGAAGGCAGAGUGCCUGCAGGUGACAAGGGUAGACUUCUUAACUUCUCUGGAGAAUGACAUCAAGCCGGCAUUUGGGACCAAUCAGGAGGAUUAUGCAAGCUACAUCAUGAAUGGGAUCAUGAAAUGGGGUGACCCUGUCACUCGGGUGCUGGACGACGGAGAGCUUCUUGUUCAGCAGGCCAAAAACAGUGACCGUACCCCGUUGGUCAGCGUCCUUUUGGAAGGUCCCCCACACAGCGGAAAGACGGCCUUGGCUGCAAAGAUUGCAGAAGAAUCUAACUUCCCAUUUAUCAAGAUCUGCUCUCCAGAUAAGAUGAUUGGCUUUUCAGAAACUGCCAAAUGCCAGGCGAUGAAGAAGAUCUUUGACGAUGCUUACAAGUCUCAGCUCAGCUGCGUUGUGGUGGACGACAUUGAAAGACUCCUAGAUUACGUCCCGAUUGGCCCCCGGUUCUCCAACCUGGUGUUACAGGCUCUUCUGGUGUUGCUGAAGAAAGCGCCCCCUCAUGGUCGUAAGCUCUUGAUCAUUGGGACCACCAGUCGCAAGGAUGUCCUGCAGGAGAUGGAGAUGCUGGAUGCUUUCAGCACAACUAUCCAUGUUCCCAAUAUUGCUACAGGAGACCAUCUCAUGGAAGCCCUCGAGCUCCUGGGCAGCUUUAAAGACAAGGAACGCUCCACCAUUGCCCAGAACGUCAAAGGGAGGAAGGUCUGGAUUGGGAUCAAGAAGCUUCUGAUGUUGAUUGAGAUGUCAAUGCAGAUGGAUCCCGAGUACCGCGUGCGAAAAUUCCUGGCACUUCUAAGAGAAGAAGGAGCGUAAGUGACAGUAAGAGCAUCUGACAGGGCUUGGAGGAUUAAUGCCUGAUGCACGGCCAUCUUUGUGACUCCGCAUGCGCUUCCCAUCUCUGGAUGCCCAGCUGUGUGUGCCACUCACCACCCCUCCCCCAAGAUAUGCCCGCCCUUUGUGGAACCGGUUGCCCUCUUUUUCUUUGCAGCAGCCCGCUGGACUAAGAGGGAAGCCUUGGGGCAGAAGCCGGUGGCUGGGGAAGAAGCCAAGCGAGAGCCCACCUCCUCCAGGACCUCCUUCUCCUCCUCCUCCUCCUCCUCUUCCGUGUGGUGUGUCUGGACAAGAGCCUAACGUUCGGCCUCCUUCAGAGACUCCCCUCACCCCUCCUCUUUGCAUGUCGGACGCAGCCGAACACUCCGCCCUUUGUUAUCUAUCGUCCUCGAUAUCCUGGUGUCUCGUGGCAAAUCAAAACUCUCUAUCUAGAGUAACUGCUUUUGUAUUAUGCUGCCUGCCGCACCUGCUCACUUGGUUUUGGCGCACAGGGGGGAGGGAAAUGAACGUGCCCCAUGCAGGCCUGUCCGUGUUAACGCGCAAUCUGGCGGUAGCCCCUAAGGCCCCAAACACAGGGAAGUCCUCCUCAUUCCAGACCCGUGUAUGGUCUUCCUUAAAGCUGCUGGUAUCCCCAAGUUCCUCCUUUCUCCCACACAUUCACACAAGCGGUUUGGUCCUCGUGGGCCAAUACUGCGCUGCGGAGCUUCAGACUCGUCCCAGGGGGAAACGGUGAAUGAAGUAUUCAUCACAAGACCAGGAUCCAGAGAGAGUUUUUAGGAAAGAGGGGCAAUGGUGGCUGCACCCUUCCCUUCAGAGGCUCGACAACAUUUGCAGUGGCGGCUAGUUAAUUCCCAGUGGCUAUUGGCCACCGGGCAUGGACUCUGGACACCCAGCCGGACUUUGGUGCACUAAAGCAGGGGUAGACAGCGCAGGGCUACCCCGAUGCUGUUGGACUUCAGCUCCCAUCAUCCCUGACCCUUGACCAUGCCGGCUGGGGCUGAUGGAAUUUGUAGUCCCCCACCCCACCCGCAUGGGCUAUCCCUUCACUAAUGGUUUCCUAUAAAACAGGCAGCGUGGUCCCACCCGUAGAUGCAGACAGCUUAGUAUUCCUGCAAAAGUUUGAAAACAGCCUGCAGCUUUCUGUUGCGGUGCCCUUCCUCACUGGAGUCUGGCCCCUUGUGAUGUCCCGCAGAUCUGUCGCAGGAGGCCUGGUGUGCAGUUUCCUCCGUAUGCGGUUGCCACAGGCAUGAGCGCAUAGCGAUCUUCCCAGGUGGCUGUCAGAGACCUUGGUCUCUGCUGUCGGCUUCUUGCUUUUCAGCGUAGCGGCAUCACAAAGGCGGAAAGCUGUUACGCUUCUUCCAGAGAGGCUUCCUUUGCUGUGCUCUGCAAUAGUGAACCAAUAGUCCCAUUUGCUCUUGGGAAACCACCAAGCAAUGUUUAUGUUAGAGCCGGAUUAGUUGUUCCACCUAUCGCCACCGCCCGGCUGCGUUUUAUUGCAGAACUUGUCACCUGGAUGAAGUUUCCCCGCCAUAUCGGCAGCAAUUGCCCAGCCGAUUUGGGAGUGAGAAAACUACACGAGAGGGGCGCACAUGCACAUAGUACCGAGUUCUGCUAAGCCCAUAGGGACAGGAGGGUAGGAAAUUAAUUACGGAGGUUCUGCUUCCUCUCAAUCAGCUCUUAACACUCCUCUGUAGAAAUACAGAUGGUUUAAUGGCCCUGAAUAAUCUUCCUCCACCUCAUCCACAACACAAGCGAGUGGCUGGACCGACCUUCCGUCUUGCUGAAACCCCCCUAUAUAUCACUGACGGGGUCCUCAUUCCCCACCUCUCCCAAGUUGCUACAAUCAGGCAGCUGAAAACUACACUUGACUCCUUUCCGCCCUGUGCAGCAAAAGGAAAUCAGUUGUGUUAGAAGUUGCUGCAAUGUACUUCAAUCACAAUGGAUGCAUUUAUUAUAACGUGGGUUAGCAGCUUUAUCCUCUUUUUUAGUUUCACACCCCCCCUUUUUUUUUAGUGUUGAGGAUUAUGUGAAUCGCUGGUGGAGCUGUGAAAUCCCCUCUUCAGUUGUGCGAUUGCUCUGUUUCCAGCUGCACCUUUGCCCCCCCCCCGGCCCAAAUCUCAAGAACCUUCUCCUUUCUCCACCUUCUUUCAUCUUCCAGCGAAAGGGAAACACACAUGUUGUAUUUAAUGUAAUGUCUUGGAACCAAAUGAUGUAAAACAUUUUUAUUGUGGGUUUUUCUUCUUCUUUUUUGUCCAAAGCUAUAUUCACAGAGAGAGAGAAAAAUACAAAUAUAUAUGUAUAUAUCGAUUGAUUGUAUGUUUAAAACGCAGGUGAACUGAUGCAAUAAAAAGGCACAGAUA